AUGAGCGGCAUCGUGUGGGCCGCGCUCAAGCACAGCGCCAAGGUGGUGGCUGCCACGAAUGCGGCGGGAUUCCUGGUGACUGCGGUGACGCAGAGCCACAAGAUCACAGACCUGACGGGCACGGCGGCCUUUGCCGCCAGCGCCUGGGCCACUCACGCCGCCGCCGCCAGGGCGAUGGGCACGCCCCUGCUGGCGCCCUCCCGCGGCUCCCUGCUGGCGGGCUGCGUGUCGCUCUGGGCGCUGCGGCUGGGGGGCUACCUCUUCUACCGCGUGCUCCAGGUCGGCAAGGAUGCCCGGCUGGAUCAGUUUUUCCAGCAGCCCGAGGAGACGCUGCUGACGGGGCCCAGCAACUACCCGCUGCGCCUGCUGUUCUUCUGGACGAUGCAGGGCCUGUGGGCCUGGGCCUGCAUGCUGCCCGUCACCGCGGCCCAUGCCCUGAGCCGCUCCGCCCCCGCCGCGCACCGCCUCGCCUUCUCGCCCUCCCUGGCCGCCGGGCUGCUGCUGUUUGGCGGCGGGCUGCUGGUGGAGAGCGUGGCGGACUGGCAGAAGUUCAGCUUCAAGAGCGACCCAGCCAACCAGGGUCGCUUCAUGGGCCCCGUGGGCCUCUUCGCCUACUCCCGCCAUCCCAACUACUUUGGCGAGAUGUGUGUGUGGGCAGGCCUGUUUGUGAUGGCGGGCCCCGCGGUGUGGGUGCGCUGCCCUUGGGCUGCAGCCUCCCCCAUCUUCACCUACCUCCUCAUCCGCCACCUGUCCGGCAUCCCGCCGCUGGAGCGUUCGUACGCGGAGCGGUACGGCGGGCAGCCGCAGUACGAGGCCUACAAGGCAGCCACCAACCUGCUCUUCCCCUGGCCGCCCCGCGACAAGUUCCCCUGA